UGCUGGUGGCGCGGCGAGUGGUCAUACAGUGCGCGCAGCCAUGGCCGUCACGUUGAAACACUUUGAUGCUGAUCUUGAUGCAAACGAUUAUGAUCCACUGGUGUUCUUUUCCGACGUCCCAAAAUUUAAGUUUGACGAACUGAGUAAAAACUUUGUCCGAGAUUUUUUCGGCGCCAAUGCUCGAAAAUAUGGGAGAAUGCGGCCCAUCUUGAAAGACGGAAGCUAUUACGAAAUUUUUGAGAUAUUGUGGGAUAUGGAAGAGGCUCAAGACUUUCUAAUUCCAAACUUUUUAAUACCAGAAGAAACCCUUAAGGUAAAAGAUGAGAAAAAGGCUUUCAAAUACUUUAUACGCGGAGAACAACAGCGUAGCGUCAACAAGGAUUCCGCAUUAAAAUAUUACAAUGCAAGCAUAAUAUUUGCACCACACCCGCCUGUUAAGGCCGACGGGAAAACUUUUAGUGCUCCGGACGUCAAUUCUGGGAAGCGCAGGAGAGAAAGUGUUCCGGGCUGGGGCCAUUAUAAAACAGUGAGUCGGGUGACCAUGGCCCGAGCUGAACUACUGUUUGAAAUGGGCCACUACAAAGCGAGCAUAGAAGACAUUGAGUUUGUGCUGCUCCAGGGAUGCCCCGCGAGCACGGAGGAAAACCUCUAUUGCUUGAAGUCCAUCGCCUAUCAAAGAUUAUUGACAGCAGGCGGCCAUCGGCGGUAUUCUUACAACUCUUUUUCACAUAAAAGUGCUCCACCGUCACCGGCUCGUGAAGACAACCUUUACUUGACGGGCGCCAGCGCGGCCGUAGAGUUGGUCCACAAAGAUGGGGAGAAACGGUGUCUCAUAACGAACAGGAAUGUCAGUCAAGGUGAGGUGCUGAUUAUGGAGAAGAGCUAUUGCAGCACCAUUCUACCCAAGCAUAUACGGCUGUUCUGCAUGACCUGCUUGAAAAGGACCGCGACGCCCCUCCCGUGCCCUGCAUGCACGCAGGUUGUGUUCUGCAGCAAGGCGUGUCGACGAGAAGCGCUGCUCGGCCUUCACUGGACUGAGUGUCCGGUACUUCCUCUCAUAAAUGCCCUCAAUAUAGAAGUGCGGGGCAUUCUAGCUUGCAGAAUUUUGUUCAAAACUACUUUCCAAAAGCUAAAGGCCAUGCGUGAAGAAAUCUCCGAAGAGCAGAGUAAGCCUGCCGAGAUCAAAGGGCUGACCCAUGACGGCUCCCUCCGCUCCGACGAGUACUUGACGGUGUACAGCAUGACGGGCAGGGAAGAACACAGUGGAACGAAAAAGAUGGAGAGGGCCGUGGAGGCUUUUGUGUUGCUCAAGCUGAUGAUUGCCUGCCAGAGAUUCUUUGUGAGGGCUGAUGGUACACCUUAUCAUCCCAGCCGGCAAGAUAAGCUCUUCGUAGGCUCCCUGCUCCUGCACCACCUUAUCAACCUCUGGGUGACGGCCGAUGGUUAUUAUGAAGUGGAAAUCAUGGAGGCUGACGCCAUGCUUAAUCCCAUGAAGGUCUUUGCCGCAGGUGUCUUUCCAGUAACGAACUUGGUCAUGGCCUACGGCUGCUACUCGCCCUGCGCCCCCUUCACCCACGGCCCGUACCUGGUGACGCGAGCCACGUGUGCCAUACCGACCGGGACCAUUCUGACAUGCAAGUACACAUUGUAUGUGUGGCAGGCGUUGAAGACUAAAGAUGACGAGAACUUUGUAAGUGACUUAUAUGGGUGCAAUCAGGAUGAUGAAGAGGAACUUGACGAGAUGCCAGAAGAUAAACUUUACCUCAAGUGCGUAAGGUGUCCAGGGAAAGUAGAUGAGAGGUGCUUAAGCUGUGGCACAGAGUACAAUAUGGUCGCUGCUAUACCUGGAAUGCCUGGAAAAUUUACUUACAACUUCAAGGAAGUCAUGGCCAAGGUUUAUGACCUGAUAGAAAACUACAGGCAAACCCGCGAUCAUAUUCGAGAGACUGGCAUCACCGCUUCGGUAGACAUUGAAAGCAUAUGUAGACUGAUAACCUUCCUUGACGAGCACGUCCACCUGCCUGCUAUGCUACACAAGGACGCACAGAUCAUGUAUAUCCUAGCCAUGAGUCACCGGACGUGCUCUGUGAUCCACGACGGCAUCGAGGCGCCGGGAUGCCCGACGUCCUAGUGCAUUAGUUUCCUCAGUGAGGAAGGGGCAAGUCGUUGUGUGACUCGCUAUUCAAUGUAGCCAACAAAAUGGCAAGAUUUAAUUUUUCUUUUUAAUUUCUUAAGAGAUUUAGGCUUGGAUUUAUUUUUCCACUAGUUACUUUUAUCAUUGUCAGACUAAAUCAAAUAGUUAAUUUUUAAACAAGUUAUCCUCACGCUUAAGAUGUAGAUUUGAAAAAUUAAAAUAUCCCAUAAUCAAGGAAUUAAUGAACCGAUUAGCCUACAUUUCAGAUGAAGUUUUUCCUCUAUUCACAUUCUGUUGUUUUUAAAAGAUUUUAAUUUUCACAAAAUUUACAAAAUUCGUAAUUGAGGAUGACCAGGAAUGUCGUACUUUUAAACUAAUCAUUAAUUAUGUGAGUGAACUAGAUUAAGACCGAGGAAACAAUCUAAAGAAAUUAGUCUGAAGGUUUUGGCAAAAAAAUCCGAUGAGGUUAAUUCAUCCAAAUUUUACUCAUCAGGAAAUUUAUUCCAGGUAAAAGGAUCAGGAAAUAGAUAAUGUUAUGCUUCAGAUACGGGAACACUAUAAUGGACUAUUUGAUAUAUCAUUAGGAAAUUUUGCCGUUACGAAAUGUUUAAUAUCUUAUUUUUUCUUUGUCAUGAAAAGCUUUUGAAUUAAGUGGUCCGUGAUUUCAACUGAUUUGAUAUCGGGGUCGUUAAUAAGGUUUAAGAAAAUAUAUCUGAAAAAAAUGCAUGCAAGAUCGUAAAACAAUUAUAAAACAAAGGUUUCUCAAACACAUAAAUAGCGCUGACAGGAGAUUUAUUUGGUGGCAUUUUAAAGCAGUUUCAUGUUCAGUAUUAAAUAUUAUUAUGACACUUUCUGUUUAGACAAAAUCUGCCGAAUGUUAGGAUGAUCUUGUUUAGCGUGGAGCAUCCAUAAAAAACAAUGUAGUUUUAGUUUAGCAGAUUAAUGCCGCUAAUCACUUUUACCUCUAUUGUUUAUUUUAGAAUUUUAAGGUUAUUUCUGGACGUCUCUUAACAAGCCUUCUGGUUAAGUAUUAGUUUUUAUGAUAACGAAUAUGUGCUCGCUGGUUUUGUAUCGUCUAAAAGUUGCAUUCAUGAGGGUUGUGUUAACGGGUAAUGCUUAGCCUCUGUUGCCUCUUGACGAGGUGGAUGUCUUCACUGUUCUGUUCAGCAUAUUUUAGUCACCCUCUGAAGGUGAGUGUUUACGCGUGUAUUCAUGUAAUUUGUUUUAUUUCGGCAAGGUUCAUGACGUAGAUUAACUGAUGGCUGUGAUGGGUGUUUGAGUGCACGUUUUUAAUGGAUGUUAACUAUUCAUGUAUAACUCAUUUGUCACUUUCAGGCUGGAACGUAAAGUGCUUUGACAAGCUUAAUCCUAUUGGAACUUAUGUCUGUAUUUAACUGUUAGUUUGCAAUAUAAUAUAUGAAGUCUA